AUGCGCCGCGGUCGAGAAACUCUCCUGACGUUACUGGAAGCAUUUGUCUACGAUCCUCUGGUGGAGUGGGGAGGUGGAAGACGACGCCGGGGCACAAGACAUGUACGCGCUGCGAGAGCUAUGUUGGCUGUUAGGGUUCGCGAGUUGAAGCACAGCAUCAAUGAAGUCACGGACCAGCUCGUGGCACAGUUACCUGAAGUAAAGCAAUGUGCUGAUAAAUGGUUGGAAGAAAGCGAAGAACUAAAUACCAUAGAAACCAAAUUACAAGAGUGUCACCUACAAAUGCUUUUGAUUAAAGAGAUAGAAUCGUACGGUACUAAUCUUAACAACCAUCCGCUUUACGCCAUUUCCCAGAAAUACACAUCGUAUAAACAGGCUAAGAAUGCGGUCGAAGACUCUAUGAAAGCUCUUGUUAAAAUCCUCAACGAUUUCGACACACAGAUCGAGAACUUUUCAACGACAAAUGAGGUUUUAAACGGGCCUCAACUGAUGGCGUGGGUCCAAGAGUUCUCUGGUUCCAACGAAGAUGACGAGAAACCAAUAUUUGAACACAUCAAGGAAUUUUUGACUAACGCCGGACAAGGCUCGAUGUUGACUCAAUGCGAGCAAGCUGAAACCGAAUUGAACCAGAGCAUGCAGCAGACGAACCUCCUGAUAAGAUCCUGCCUAGAACUACUAUCGCAGUACGUCGCUGUCUCUCAGUACUUCCCACAGAGUCAAACGGAAUACCACCGCAUCGCCAUGUUCCGAAAAUUCCUUGCUACCGCAUUAGAUAGCAAAUCCCCAGACGUGUGCCGUGAUGUAUCCAACCAAGUAACAGCUCUCGUUAACGCAGACAAUAAUUCCACAGACACACAACAUAUAGUAGCAUAUAACUAUCGUCUUCAGCAACUGAACGUGGAAGCAAAUGCUCAUCUCAAUAAAUGUCUGGAGAGGUUGCAAAUAGAAGGAGGAUCAGACGCUAUCGCGAUCGCGCAAGAAACUUACAAAGAGGCAAAGAAUAAUAUCAGCAACUGGGUGAGGACCGAAGAGGGUGCAGCUGUUGCAUUGGAGAGCGUUGUGAUUGGGAUGCUGUGCAACUUGAACAGAAGAUAUCUGAUGCUGGAAAACGGCGCUCAAAGCGCUGGGGACUGCCUCGUGGACCUGACGUCUCGUGAAGGGGAGUGGUUUUUGGACGACAUGAGUGCUUUAUCAAUGCAGGCGGUGGAACUUCUCUCUCUGUUACCGCUUCAGUCGGCGUCAGUGGAAGACGCAUCGAUGCCUGUAGCAGUCGAAUGCGUCAGAAAUGCGAAUCUCCUAUUAGCUGAUUUAGUGCAGUUGAAUUAUAACUUCAGCACGAUAAUUCUUCCGGAGGCUCUCAAGAAGGUGCACUCCGAGGACCCAUCAGCUCUUAACAUGAUCAAUGAGCUGAACGCUGUCAUCAUGAACUCGCCAAUGCCCCUCAACGAAAUGCUGGCGCAACUGGAAGUUCAUUUUAGAUAUUUAUUGAUGGACAUGGAGUCACCAGCCGGUGGAUCUCAAUUGCUGGCUGCGGAACUUCGGGCAAGAUACGAGUUGCUCCUCUCGACCACGGCCGAAGAAGGUCAAUCUGGAGGCAGAAUGCUACUGAUGGGCUUUAACGGGUUGUUCGCCGCUGUUGAACUACGCAGCCGCGAGCUGGCUGACCACCUGAAUUCGACUGUCCCCCAAGCUUGGAGGAAGAUUGAUCACAUAAAUGAUGCGUUACACAUGUCGGCGGCUAUGCAGCGCCCCUCUCUCCGUUCUGUGCUGGAAGACAUCUUCUUGGUCCGGCGUAUCCAGACGGUGGGGGAGGUGUUCGCGAUGUGUACACAGCUGGCGAGGGCCUUCAAUGGUCACGCACCGUUGCCGCUAUACGACGACGCUGCGCUUUGCAAGCCUGUCAGAAGAUUUACAGCGGAGUACGUCUCCCGCUGCGUACUAGGUGUCCAUUCGAAGGCGUUGGCUUCUGUUCUGUGUCUUUUAUUACGAAGGGCCAGACUUGACUUGCAUGCCGAGGUUGAACAGAAAGAGAUUGGAGCAUCAUGGAGUGUAUCGCUAGAGUCACUCUGCGAGAAGGUGUGCCGACCGGGCUGCGAGCGCGGCGCGAAUCUGGCAGCAAACAUCGCUUCCGCCCGUGCUCGUCUGUAUCGGGCGGGCGUGGCCGUGCGGGCCACGGAACGUGCGAGGGCCGCAGCGCGCGUUAACCGCCUCCGCGCCGCCGCACACGCACAUCUACACGCUGAGGUGUUGAACACGAAUCAAGAUUCGGGCGCGGCGCUAGCGCGUCGUUCCAAAGAGCUAGGCGCUGCCGUAGAGCGUUUGACCGCAGCCGUCACCAAGGCGCAAGGAUUAAUGCAAUCGGCCCAUCAAAGAGUGAAGUGGGGUGCCGGUGCUAACCCGGCUCUUCGAGGCGUAGUUCGGGGCCUAGAAAGUGCCUGGUCGAUGCGGCGCGAGCGCGCAUCGCGACUAACUACAGCAGGAGCGGCGUUGUCUCUACACGCACGAACCGCUGCUGCACUCAGCGCUGCUCCGGCUGCCAGAGCUGCCCGCGCGCAUAGGGCGCAGCGGGCUGCAAGAACUGCGAGAACUGCUUUGUCACAUUGGGAGAAGGCCUGCACAUUAGCACAGAAGUACUCGCUACAGGUGUCUCCGGUUGAAGAGUCCUUAAUGGAGAUGCUGCACCCCGAAGGGAAUAUUGACACGCAAUGGGUGGACAGCGUAUCGGCCCUCGUUCGCGAUAUGUCAAACAGCGUGAACAGUGCUGCCACCUCCGCACGUGCUAAAUUAAAUUCAGCUGGAACCGCGCUGCAAAGCGCUGCCACUGCCACUAGAACGCCAGCUGCUGCUCGUGCUGCAUUGCUUCACGAACUGCGUGCUCCACUCCAUGCGUUAACAGAGAGCGAAAACCCAGCAAGGGAGUUCCUAGAUCGUUGGCAGUCAGUGACAGACAAAUUGAAUACAAUUGUGAAGGAAGCGACAAACCAACGCGACGUGGAAGCGGUGUCGCACUGUGCGCAGGCGCUCAUAACUGAGUUACCUGAAUUAAUGAACCUUUUAUUAGAACUACCAUCAAAUUUGUCGGAUAGCAACAACAAGAAGUUAUGCCGUCAGUUGGCUGUGGGGGCGGCGCGUACGCAUCCCAAUAGACACGGGGAGCAACGCAACUCGGUAGGUGCUGGCGUGUGGCGUCGAGUGCGUCUUAAACUUGAGGGGCGUGAGUUGCCCUCAUCAGCCAGCAACACAUCUGCGAGUGCUACUGGUAACACCAGCUCCAGCAGUACUCCGACAAGACGAGCCACACCCUCUGAACAGGUGGAGUACAUAAUAUCGGAAGCGACGAACGUUGACAAUCUAUGCAUGAUGUACGAAGGUUGGAUGGCCUGGGUCUGA